AUGCAUCAUCCAAAUAGCAGUGAAAAUCGUUUGCCAACGUCACACAGAUGGUUUUUCAGUCUUGAACAUUUAUCGCAAUCACCUUCAAUUAAGGAUGGCAUGACAACGGAUGAGUUAUAUUUUCGUUCUUCGUAUAUCGUUCUUUCAUUUUUCAGAUCACAACUUUGCAUAUGUGCAGCGAUGAUGCAUAUGCAUCGCUUCUUUGUUUUUCAUUCGUUCUCAAAGUUCGAUGCAAGGGAUGUUGGAGCAGCAUGUCUUUUUUUCGCUGGAAAAACUGAAGAAUGUCCUCGAAAAUUGGAACACGUUGCUCGCGUCCUAUGGCUAAUCAAAUUUCCUUUUACAAACGGUUACAUUAUUUCAUUAGUUUAUAAAACUGCAUUUGCAGCGUUUGAUCUAUCAGUUGAUUUGCCGCAUCCUUAUGUUCUCAAAAAUAUGGCAAAUUUUAUUCGAGUUGCCUCUGCAGGUAAUCGAAAAAUUUCCGAAAUCGCUUUCUGGUUUGCCAGUGAUGUCUUAUAUGGUAUGGUAAAACUCUUACAUUAA